AGGAUUGUUCGAUUCACUGGAAAAAAUCGAUUCUGAAUCGAAUCUUGAGAGCAAACAGAGAAUCGAUUUAAAAGAUCGAUCUUUUAACACAAAAAAAAUUGAUCUUCUGAAAAAUCGAAUUGGACUCGAACAUCUUUAAUUUCAACAGAGGUAUCAAUGGGCGUUGUCUAGUAAAAUUUGGUGUUAACGUUUGUUGAAUAUCGUCCAUUCAAAAUGUGGACAGGCUACGUGUUUUUAGUACUCCUCAUAUUUAUCUGUACACGUAUCAAUGGAUUGAAUACGAAUAAUACAGUGACAUGGUGUACAGUUUCUGAUGAUGAACAAAACAAAUGCGAAGCUUUUUCGAAUGCAGUUGCUCGUGACAUAACUUUCUUUGGAAGGAACUAUUUUACAGUGAAAUGUAAACAAGCUUUUAAUAAAGAAGAAUGUAUGUCGAUGUUGGAUCAGGAACAAGCUGAAAUGACAACAUUAGAUGCCGGAGAAGUAUUUAUAGCAGGUCGUUAUCAUAGUCUGGUGCCGAUCAUGCAAGAAAUGUAUGAAAAUGGUGUUAGUUAUCAAUAUACCGUUGCUGUUGUUAAGAAAGGAUCUUUACCAGAUGUACAAGCAUUAGAAAAUCUUAGAGGAAAAAAAGCAUGCUUUGCAGGAGUUGGUACUCUCGCCAGUUGGAUUAUUCCUAUUCACACGUUAAUGAAGCAAGGUGGAAUGGAAAUUAUUGAUUGUAAUAAUCAUGUAAAAUCUACAAUUAAAUAUUUUGGGCCAAGUUGUGCAGUAAACUCAUUGAUAGAUAAAUAUAAUCCUUUAGGUGAUAACUCUGAUCAAUUAUGCAAACUUUGUAUUGGAAAAGCACCAACUGAUAAAUGCACAAAUGCAGAUCCUUAUGCAGGAUAUGAAGGUGCUUUUCGUUGCUUAGUGAAUGCUGGAGAGAUUGCAUUUUUAGUUCACACAACUGUACAAGAAAUGACAUCAUCUACAUUUGAAUUCAAUAAUAUUACAAAAGAUCAAUUCGAAUUAUUAUGUAAGGAUGGAACUCGAAAAUCAGUAAAUGAAUAUAAAAAUUGUAAUUGGGGUACUGUUCCUUCUCGUGCAAUAGUAACAUCUUCUGCAACGAAAAUAGAAAUUCGAAGAUUGUAUCAAAAAUUUCUUGUAAAAGCGGUUAAAAUAUUAAACAGAAAACACAAUUUUACCGAUAUUUAUAAUAAUCGUUUUGACAAUCGACAAGAUGAUUUUGAAAACAGACCGGGAUAUGAAGAUAGAUACAGAGAAAAAGAUUUUAUAUAUAAUAAUCGAAAUGAAUAUAAUACGGAUAUAAAUAACGAAUAUGAUAGAAGUUUUGAUGAUGGCUAUGCAAAUUCGAAUUCUUGGAAUAGAGAAUACAAUGAUACGUAUAAUACUUAUCCAUCCAACGAUUAUUCUGAAACAACAAAUAUUCAACCGAUCGAAAUAUUUGAUUUAUUUGAAUCGGCUCCAAAAUAUGGCCUUCAUCAUAAUUUAAUGUUUUCGGAUUCUGCUCAAGAUUUUGUAUUAUUGCCUGAAAAAGAUCAAACGUAUACUGGAUAUUUAGGUAGAUCAUUAGAUUCUAUUCUAGGAGUACGUCAAUGUCCUGUGAAUAGAAUGACCUUGUGCGUUACAUCCGAUUAUGAAUUGGAAAAAUGUAUAAAGAUGAAGAUAGCUUUGAAAGCCCAACUUUUGAAACCAGAAUUAUUGUGCCAUAAGGGAUACAGUCAAAUAAAUUGUAUGCAAGCGAUACAAAAUGGAAUUGCCGACGUAACAGUCUUAGAUGCUAGCGAUGUAUAUACCGCUGGCUUGCGUUUCGAAUUAAUUCCUUUCAUAUCCGAAGUAUAUAAUCUUGGUACACCGGAUUAUUAUGUAGUUGCUGUUGCGAAGGAGAAAGACGACAAUACGGAUUUAACGUAUCUUAAAAACAAAUAUACGUGUCAUACUGGAAUUAAUACUGCAGCAGGAUGGGUGUAUCCAUUGGCGUACCUUCUUUCAAAUCAAUGGAUAAGAGGCUAUGGUUGCAAUUCCGUACGCGCAGCUGCCGAAUAUUUCACAAAAUCGUGCGUACCAGGUGCAUUAAGUUCCGAGUAUAAUACAGGUGUUCCAUAUGAUAAUAUGUGCGACUUGUGUCACGGACAAAGUUUUAGAUACUGUCGAAGAGACGCUUCGGAAGAUUACUUUGGACAUACUGGUGCUUUUAGAUGUUUGGUUGAAGGAGGUGGUGAUGUAGCAUUCGUCAAGCAUACAACGGUUGCCGAAAAUACCGAUGGUAAAAGAAGAGAAUUUUGGGCCCGUAAUACAUUUACAAAAGAUUUUGAAUUACUUUGUCCCGAUGGUACUCGUCGGCCAAGUACGGAUUACGAACAUUGUAACUUAGGAAAAGUUGCGGCUAAUGCGAUAGUCACUCGUGGUGGUUAUUAUGGUUACAACGAGACACAAAUAAAUGCCUAUAUAAAUCUCUUUAUUUAUGCACAACAAUUGUAUGGUAGGAAGGAUCCGGAUGAGUUUAGUUUUAGUAUGUUCUACAGCAUUCCACCUUAUAGCGAUCUUAUUUUUCAAGAUGCAACGCAACAAUUAAUAGUUAUUCCACCAGAAAAAAGACAAUUUAGCGCAUAUCUUGGUUCAGAUUUUAUGAGAGCUAGAAGAAUCGUAGAUUGCAAUGCUGGAGCGGCUGCUUUAGAGCAUUCUAUAAUUGCUGCUUUAGUAAUGUUUGCCUUAACUUACGUACUCGCUAGAUAAAAGAUUUAAAUUUGUAAUAUAAUUUUUAUUUACGAUUACGGUAUUGAAUCUCGUAUUUUUCGAAAGUAUAUUUAAAUAUUACGCAUUCACAGAUCACUAUCUCUCAUAUGUGAUUUUAACAUAUGCGUAAAAAGUACAAGUGACUGUUAGUCAUCGCGUAGGAUGUCUAUUUAUAGAUUUUAUAAUUGUUUUUCUACCGUAGGUUAUAUAUACCUAAUUAUUUUAAGAUAUUGAGUAUUCUAAGAUAUCAAUUAUUAUACGAUGCAAAUACAAUCCGUCCAUUUUCCAAAAAGUAUAUAUAUAUAUACUUAUAUAUAUAUUAUAUAAGAUCACAUGCUUACGAAAAUCGUCCAUUUAUGACAUAUCAACAUUUUUUAUAACAUUUUUUAAUACAUUACUUAUUAACGUAGUUAGGUAUUAAUAUUUAAAAUGAAUACAAAACGAAGGCACAUUUUAUUUUAAUUUUCCAAAGAAACGAUACCGUCCAUUUUGAUUGUCAAACGAUUUUUAUUUAUUUUUAGAUAAGUAUAAUAUAUUUUCAUAAAAAAUGUCAUUCUUAAAAAAAAAGACGAUACAUAUUUUUUAAAUGAAAAAAUAAAAAAAAGAUAUAUUUACAAUCCCUAAAACAUGUUUAAUUGAAAAAGAUUAAGAUUGCUAUGGCAAAGGGAUUAAUUGGUUUUAAUGAAGGUGAUAUUGUUGAGUAAUAGGAAGCAACGACUGUGUUCUUCGUGAUCGAAGCAAUUAUCGUCGAGGAUAUUAUUCAAAUUGCGUUUCUCAACGAUUACUGGCCAUCGGCGAAGCUUCAGAAUCGCUAGGUAAUAUCCGCUGCCCGUCUCGUCCAGGAUAUUACUUAAGAUUCGUAAUAGAUUCUAACUAUGCCGUGCGAAAAUUCAAAUCGGCUGUAGUCAAUCAACGCGUCUAUUUAAGUUCAUUUUUUGUAAACUAACAAUAAUCAUAACAUUAUCAGGAUUUAAAUAAAAGUUCUAU